CACAUUGUUUUUGAUAGUUUUGUAUCCAACUUACCAUUGUACUGAUUUACUAACUUGCAGAAAUUCACAUUUGCUGUACUAAUUAUGUAACUACAUAUAUAAAUAUAAAUAUGUAUAAAUAAAAUAUAAUUUUUUUUUUAUUAUUAUUUUGUAUGUCACUUUAAUAUAUAUUUUUAUUAUGUUGACACCAGCACUUAUUGAAAUUGUAAUUUUUUACUUGGUGAAUAAAGUUUCUAAAGUCUAAGUAAUUAUUGAAAUGAAUUAUUAGGGUGUUGCUGUAGAAAAUGUACUGUAAAAAAAAAAAAAAAAAAAAAAGAACACUAUAAAGUUCUGUUGAAACGCUGUCUUAGCUCUUAUAAGCUCCACCCUAAUUUGCAUGUGUCUGGGAUGUAAAGAGACUGGGAGACACUGUAAAGAGCUGAGAGACACUCUUGUGCUUCUUGGCAGCUGGACCAGACGCUCAAAGAGAGUGAGGGAAAGACAACUAGGAAACAUUUAAUAUAUUGUAGGUGGCAAAAUGGCCUGUAGACUGUCCAUUACAGAGGAGGAUUUCUACUGCCCUAUCUGCUGUGACAUCUUCAGGGAUCCAGUUCUCUUAGCCUGCUCUCACAGCAUCUGUAAUAACUGUGUGAAAACCUUCUGGAAUCGGCGAGGAAUUCAAGAGUGUCCCAUCUGCAGAACUGUGUCCUCCAACCCUGAUCCACCCAUAAACAUCGUGCUGAGAAACAUGUGUGUUCUGAUGAGAGAAGAAACAACUCAGGACCUUCCCGUAGAGACGGUGGGGUUCUGUAGUCUUCAUGGAGAACCUCUAACUUUCUUCUGCACUGAAGAUCAAGAACUAGUUUGUGGACAAUGCAGAAACGCUAAAUCACAUAAGAACCACCGCAUCCAUUCAACAACAGAGGCAUCACAGGACCUCAGGCAAGAGCUCCGGCUGAAACUAAAGGCCUUUCUGGAGAAACUUAGAGUCUAUGAACGAUUUAAACAGUCCUGGGAUGAAACAGCGGAGUACAUUAAGAGCCAGAGUCAGCACACCGAGACCCAAAUUAAGGAGGCGUUUGAAAAGCUUCACCAGUUUCUACAAAAUGAAGAGGCAGCCAGCAUGAAGGCACUGAAGAGGGAAGAAGAGCAGAAGAGUGAGAUCAUUAAAAAGAAGAUUGAGGAGAUUAGAUCAGGGAUGCUAUCUCUCUCACAUAUUAUUGAGUCCACUGAGGAACAACUAAGAAGGAAUGACUUCACGUUUCUUGUGAACUACAAGGCUACAAUUGAAAGAACAGAGUGUACACUGCGGGAUCAGACCAGCCCUUCAGGAAUGCUCAUCGAUGUUGCAAAACAUGUGGGUAACAUAAUCUUUGAAGUGUCAAAAAAACUACAAGCCAACGUUCGAUACACCCCAGUAACCCUUGACCCCAACACCGCCCAUCCUUAUCUGGUCGUGUCGGAUGAUCUGACCAGUAUAACUUACACUGAUGAGCAAUUCCACCAGCUUCCAGCAAACCCAGAGAGAUUUGACGGCUACACAAGCAUUCUUGGUUCGGAGGGCUUUGAGUCAGGGUCUCACUGCUGGGACAUCGAGGUAGGCACCAGCACAGCCUGGGCCGUGGGAGUGAUCACAGAGUCGGCAUACAAAUGCAGACAGACCCCCUCCAAGACGGGCUUGUGGUAUGUGGGCUUCUGCAAUGGUAAAUACGGGAAGGGCUAUUCUCCAGAGAUUCGGUCCCUUCUACGGGUGAGCCAGAGAAUCCAGAGGAUCAGGGUGCAGCUGGACUGGGACAAGGGCAAAGUCAUUUUCACAGACUCGGGCCGUAAUAUUGGUCUGCAUGUGUUUAAACACACGUUCACUGAGAGAGUAUUCCCUUACUUUUAUAAUCACUGUAUGCAACAUCCGCUGAGGAUCAUACCAGUAAAAACAACUGUGGAAGCACACAUUUAAAACCAAUACAACUUUUAAUCUGGUGAAGUUGAUAGGUUAGCAGUGAUAUCAGUUAUGAAUUAAUCCUAAGGAGAGAGUAGUAUAUGAAUUAAGCCCUGGCUAUACUUCGGGGGUUUUUACGCGUACGCUAGUGUAAGCGCACAGUUGAACACACAGCCUUGGAAAGUGUACUUCAUUUGACUCGUACACAUACACAGGCAUUCGAUGCAUGUGCAGUUUUAAGCAAUCUCUUGCCACAAGUUACACCCCAUGUAAACAUCUUUGUAUUUUUUCAUGCUAGAGUUGUACAAAUGAGGGUACUUUCUAACCUCUUCGCACAAUCUCUCGUCUAUGUAAGCCUCCAUUGUCACGGUAGUUUGCGUGUGUUCCUGUCUGUUCUGUUUAUGCAGUUUUUCUUUGACUUCCUUGUGAAUCAACGCCCCCAGGGCACGGUUGCCACCUUGUGGAUAAACUAUUUACUGCAAAAAAAUUAAUUGCGCAUGUGCGACCUGGGCGUACAAGUACGUGCGGUUGAAAAAAAUCCGGCGGUGCGCGCACUGUAUGCUGAACCUCGCGUACACGUAAAAAGUGAACUAUACUUUUGGCUUUACAGUACUGCAAUAAAACAUUUCUGACAUGACUGCAAUAUUCAAUCCACCUACAAAGACUAUUUUAACCAGAAUCAUUGUUGUUUUUUGGAGUAAAGCAUGCUUACAAGUGGAUAUACUAUUUUGUUUUUUGUUUUUUACACAUUUUGUUUUUGGGGUCUACUAGAAUAGGUUUUCAUGUUUGAAUGUUCAAAAUAUACAUUACUUUUCACAUAUUUUACAGCACCUCUCUUCCCAGUCUGUCAGUAAUGCUCUGUUUAGUUCCUGUCUCUAUGAAGACCCUCCUUCCGAAAAGCGCAAUGUGUUCUGAUUGGUCAGCUGGACCAGUGUGUUUUGAUUGGUCAACCGCUUCAAGCGUGUUUCGGAAAUGUUACACCCCUUACCAUAACUGCAUCAUAGCAUAAUAUGCUUGUAUGCGGUUCCGUAGUAUGCUAGUACUCAGAACUACAUGCUGGCUAAUACUCUUAUUAUUUCUGCCAAAUAAAGGUAUGGUAAAAGUAGUACGAAUGGUAUACUAGUAUGUGGUUCUAAAUGCAGCAAGCAUCUCUUGGACAUGGCAACAACACACUGCUAAAACAACUGAACCCAGCCUCGCCCCUUUUUCUUUUUCUUUUUUGCAUAUGCCUUGGAUGGGAAUUGUACAUGAGGAAUAUUAUGACAUGUAUAUGUUACCAGAAGAAAACUCAAGGCGUUUGAUUGUGUACAUUGUAUACAGUUCAGAAACAGGGUUUCUGAUAUAGAGAAUAACUCCUUUUGCACUGACUUUGUGCUUUGUAACCUUACUGAUCUUUUUCAUGAUCAAACGGCAACAUUACACGCUAAAGAACGUUGAAAAUGUAAAAAAAAAAAGAAAGAAAAAAAAGCAUAACUUACGUAUGCCACACACACACAGUAUAACUUACACAAUAUUACACACUAAAGAACGCUGAAAAUGUAAAAAAAAAGAAAGAAAAAAAAGCAUAACUUACGUAUGCCACACACACACACACACACACACACACAAAAAAACUAAAAAAAUAAAAAACGUAUGCCACUCCCACAUGCGUCAAAGUAGCCGGAGCAACUUUUCUCUAUUUACAGAUAUGAUGAGACACGCAUGGACAAGUGACGCAAGUAUAUGCAAUUUUGCGUGAAAGGCAUCCCACUCAGCCUAAAAUAUAAACACUUAUAACGGGCUCACCAUAGUGAAUAAGGGUAAGAAAAAUCUCGUUUUGGAAGAAGGAUUGGUGGUGUAUUGACUCUUAAUUUUGUUAAUUUUGAACAAAAAAAAGUUACAUAGUGCACCUUUAAGAUUGCUUAAGAUUUUCAGAGAAUUUUAUUUUGUAAAUAAAGCUCACUAAAUGAAAU